AUGUACAAGGUAAUCUUAGCCCUUUGCUUUGUGGGAGCAGCCCUCGCAGCCCCUCAGUACGGACACCACGAAGAAGAGCACUACGUCGAUUACUACGCUCCACCUCACUACAAGUUCGACUACAGCGUACACGACCCCCAUACCCACGACGUGAAGAAGCAGGAAGAGACCAGGGAAGGAGACGUUGUCAAGGGCUACUACUCCCUCUACGAACCCGAUGGUACCGAGAGGAUCGUCCACUACACCGCAGACAAGCACAAUGGUUUCAACGCCGUCGUAGAGAGGAAAGGACACGCUGUCCACCCUCAGCAUUACGGACACUCCUCUGAAGCUUACUACGGACACGGACACUCAGGAGGCGCCAGCUCUUCCUCUGGUUACCAUCAUUACUAG